CGAUCUCGGAUGUUUUUCGCCACUAUCGCUGAGACUGCUGCGGCGGCCUCAGCGCAGCCUCGUCAGGGUAGAGGCCCUCAUUGCCCCAAGGGGGGACGAGGGGGAGGGAAGGGAUUUGGGGGUGAUGGUGGUGGUGGUGGUGGUGGUGGUGGUGGUGGUGGUGGUGGUGGUGGUGGGGGUGGUGAGGGUGGUGGGAGUGCUAGGGGUGUGGACGAGGGGGUGGGGGCUGACGCCCCAGGGGAGCAGCAGCAGCAACAACCGACGCAGUAGCAGCAGCACGACCAUCUGCGACCUGCACAAGGCAGCCCGCGUGCCCCCCAAUCCUCAUACGUAUCCAAGUUUCCCAGAAUGCGGCGACGGAGAAAGCUUCAACAGGCGCUCGACUGAUUCAGCCUAGCCUAGGCGUCUCUAACACCCCAGAAUCCGCCAGUUCUUAGAUCUGCCCUACCGUUGCGCACUACGGGCGCAACAGUGUCGCAAUCGCAUCUACCAUCGUCACCAUCAUCAGUUGCGUGUCAGAUGCUGCGCUUCCAGGCUCACAGCCGUCCUAUCAGCGAAAAUUCAUUCGACGAGUCUCUGGGAAUCUCGCCACCAAAAACUGCGGAGAGCGCCGCCGAUUCCGCAAUCCUUGGCGUGAAAGACGCGGCGAUGGGUGCAAGACACCAGGUUUGCCGCCACGAUUCUCGGCACCGAAGCAGGAGCGAUGAGCUGAGCAUAACUGCGACGGGGGUGGGAGGCAGGGAUGACAAGGCAGCAGCGGAGGAAAUGGAGGGCAGGGGAGAGGGAAGGCACCAGGGAAGACGAAAGGGAAGGGGAAAAGGUAGGUGAAGAAGAGUGAGAGCAGCAUGUGAGUGAGUGAGGGCAGCAUAUGAGUGAGUGAGAGAAGCAUAUAUUUCCUCCCUUUCAUGAAAAGCUGCAAUCUUUCAUGCCUGCUGUGCAUUCUCUUUCCAGGUCUUCCACCAUAUCUCGCACUAAGCUCCAACCCAUCGCUUGUUUCUGAUCUCAGACUUUUACUCAGCCUAACGAACCUCACAUUCCACAACUUCCAAUUUUG